GAUAAACAGUUCGGAAUCGAAUAUAACGACCGUCUCAAGCUGUCCUGACUUCUUUCGCUCUCGAUAACCGAAGAGGAUGAAGAUUCGAAUGCUCACAACGAACAGGUUCGAGCCUAUAGACUGUCCCGAAGAAACUCAAAGGGCUUCAAGACACGGGAGGAGGUUUGCGUAGGCUCGUGCUGGCAUGUGCUCCAAUCUGACAGGCUGCUUUCUGAGAUCGCCAUAUUCUAUCAGCCUCGAGAUCCUGACCUGUGCCCCGAUCUCUGCUGCGAGCUUUGAGAGGGCGCAACAGCCCUUCCUGCCGUGCUCUCCGCCCCGGUUCGUAUUGCACCCUAAUUUCAAGCCUCUGAAGUUCUGCAGCUGUGAGGCGCUCUGCGAUUUGCAGUCAUCGAAACCUUCUCGCUGGCCUUUGACUGGGCCGAGAUCUAUUCCCUGGAUGUCAUUUUUACAUGGGAAUCUACCACUUCUCACUAGUUUGAAUGACCGUCUUACCUUUCCAAGGCCGGUUGGACUCCGUUUCUCCGCCCCGGAUGCACUCCGGCCGCAACCAGGCCGUCCACCAACUAUUGAAUGCUGAUUGCCUUGGGAGCCCAUGAUCCACAUAAACUGUUUUCGUUGCUCUCAGCAACGCAUCGCUCAAUCUCUCUCUCGUGGACAAGUCGAGGC